CACGCAAGGUAGCCCGGGGUGGAGUCAGAAGGCAGUCCUUGAGCUCACUGUGAUUUAUCUGGCCUCCAGAUACACACGGCUAUCCGAGAGACCUUUAUCAGAGUAAAAAGUGGAGUGGAAACAGAAGACCUUUAGGAAUAUUUCCUAAACAUUUAAUCGCUUUAUUCUACGGAAGAUCACAGAAACGGCAGCAUGGGGGUCUAUGAGGAGAAGAAGGAAACAUGUGGAACCAUCUGCCUGAAAUACCUCCUGUUUGCCUUCAACUUUCUCUUUUGGCUGGCAGGCGGCGUAGUGAUGGCGGUGGGUGUUUGGACCUUGCUUGAGAAGAGCGACUACAUCAGCCUCCUCUCCUCCAAGACCUACGCUGCCUCCGCCUACAUACUGGUCCUGGCUGGAGCCAUCGUCAUGGUAACAGGCGUGCUGGGCUGCUGUGCCACCUUCAAGGAGCAGAGGAGGCUACUGCGAGUGUACUUCGUCCUGCUGCUGUGUAUCUUCCUGUUGGAGAUCCUGGCUGGCGUCCUGGCUUAUAUCUACUACCAGCAGCUGAAUCAGGAGCUGAAGCAGAACCUGAGGGAGACCAUGACCCAGAAGUAUCAGCAGAGCACCCACGAGCACAUCACCAGUGCGGUGGACAAGCUGCAGGAGGAGUUUAAGUGCUGUGGCAGCAACAGUUCGUCGGACUGGGCUGAGAGCGUGUGGAUCCGCUCCAGAGAGGCGGAUGGCCGCGUGGUGCCUGACAGCUGCUGCAAGAGUCUCACCACGCUCUGUGGCCGCAGGGACCACCCGUCCAACAUCUACAAGGUGGAGGGGGGGUGCAUCUCCAAACUGGAGAAAUUCAUCCUGGACCAUCUGAAGAUCAUCGGAGCGGUGGGUGUUGGGAUAGCCUGCGUACAGGUCAUAGGGAUGGUGUUUACAUGCUGCCUAUAUCGAAGUCUAAAGGCAGAGCCGUACUAAAGAGGGAAGCAGAAGAAGAAACGUGUGGGACAGGGAGGUACUCCAACAACACAUGCCAUACUCAAAUAGCCCAUAGGUUCUUUUCUUUCCCUUGCACAUAGGGGAAGGGACAUUUUGGCGAGGGAUCAAAUUGCACAUCUGAGGAACUCAUUUUAGUAAACAAAGGGUGGAAAAACACUACAAGGUUUUUGAAGUAAUUAGGCACUCCAUUUGCAGCCUCAGCUACAUCUUCAAGAUCACAGCGAAACCCUCAGAGAGAAACUGAUGGGAUUUCUAAGAUAAAUGAGUGUGGGACAGCCUCCUAGGGACUGAAACAUUGUAGUUUUCUUCCACUCCGAUUCCAUGGAUGUACACUUGUUUGUGGACCAGGUGCUACACCUUUCCCUGCAGGAAAUGUAAACCCUGGUCCCAGCAGUGAGUUUUAACAAGCCCACCUUCUGGAGCCCCCUAAACUGCAACAGCAUUUUGAUUCCUCUUUAACUAGCCAGUCAUGCAUUUAAAAUAUCUGUGCAUUAGUGGCUUUUAAACUUUUACACUGUUCGUUUUUAUAUUUUGUAAAUGUUUGUUUUCAACAUUAGAGGUGCUUUCUUGUGAGCUAUAAUUGUUACCUAUGUGUCUUCAUAUUGUCCUAUCAUGUUUGAUCAUUUCUGCCACCUUAAUGACCUGCUUUAACUCAAAGCAGGUCAACUCAAGUUGAUCUUAAUAAAGUCAUUAUGAUAAUGUUACAUACAAGCAGUGCCACUCAUAUUGCUCAUAAGGAAGUGCCUCAUGUUUGCGCCGUUUUUUAUACAAGGGAUUUAUCCACUGAUGCCAAAAUUGUCAACUUUGUGUAAGGACCUACUGUCUCUCUUUCAGCCUUAUUCCCAUUUCUAUUGAUGUCUCUCUUUUUAGAUUGUUUUUAUAAAUUAACAUUUGUUCACUUUUCUAUAGACCAUGAAUAUAUGAUUGUAUUUAAAGGACACAUGAUAGUCACUCACUGUUUCCCCAUGUGCCUCAAAGACGACACUAAAUGAAUCUGCUGUAUUUCUGUCUUUGUGAUAAUCCUGGAUGUAUUUUAGUUUGAAUAAACAUUGAUUAACAUUUUG